CUGACCUCAAGUGAGUCAACCUCACGAUUCUCGUACCAACCCAUUUUCCUCCGUUCUUUAUAUUCCGGGACUGGAACCACUUAUUUCGAGCAAUUAUCUCGCCCAAGUCCUCCACGGCAAAGUACUCUCAACUUCGACAUGUCAACGUACAACAUCGUGGUUGUGGGUGCUGGAGUCACCGGCCUCACAACUGCUCUAUUGCUCUCCAAAACCCCGGCCAACAAAGUUACGGUGAUCGCCAAGCAUAUGCCCGGAGAUUAUGACAUUGAAUAUGCAUCUCCUUGGGCCGGUGCUAGCUACAUGCCCUUCGGUAAGAAGGGAAGCGACCACGCCGAGUGGGAGCGAGCCACCUGGCCAGCGCUGCGGGAUUUGGCCGAGCAUCAACCAGAAUCGGGCAUUCACUUCCAGGAUAUUACGAUUCACAAUCGCCUCAAGGAUCAGAAUACCGCUACCGGUCAGUGGUCUGCAGAGUUGACCUCGGCCAACCCCUGGUUCAAGGACUUUGUUCUCAACUUUCAAAAUCUGCCUCGCGAUCAGCUACCGCCAGGUAUUGACAACGCUCAAAGGUUCACAUCCGUCUGCAUCAACACUGCAAUCUACCUUCCAUGGUUGGUCAGUCAGUGCAUGAAGAAUGGCUGUGUAUUUAAGAGAGCUGUGUUGAAGCACAUAUCCGAGGCCGCUGAGACACAUCAUUCUGGUAAAAAGGCCAAUGUCGUGGUCAACUGCACUGGAUUGGCCUCUCGUACUCUCGGUGGAGUGGCCGACGAUCAAGUUUACCCCGUCCGUGGCCAGAUCAUGAUCGUGCGGAAUGACCCUGGAUCAAUGACCUCUAUUUCCGGCUCCGAUGACGGCGGAGAUGAGGUUUCUUAUAUCUUCCCCCGUGCGGCAGGUUCGUGCACAUUCCCAAACAAGCAUCGCAGAACUAACAUCAGCCAGGUGGUGGUACUGUAAUUGGCGGAACUUAUCAGAAGAACAACUGGGAUCCGCUGCCAGAUCCGAACUUUGCCAACAGAAUUAUGCAGCGCGCCCUCAAGCUUGAUCCUCGACUCGUGAAGGAGGGGCAGGGAGUCGAGGGUUUGGAUAUUGUACGACAUGGAGUUGGCCUGCGUCCGGCUAGAACUGAUGGCCCUCGGAUCGAGAAAGACCAAGUUGACGGCGUCAAAGUCGUGCAUAAUUAUGGCCAUGGAGGGUUUGGAUACCAAGUCUCUUUCAGCUGCGCUGAGAAGGCUGUCGGCCUGGUCAACGAGAUUAUCCAGCAACAACACGACCGAGCAAAGUUGUAGAUAGGUUGCCUGUGGGGAUGGUCUUUUAGAUGAUUAAAGAUAGCAGCAAUCAAUAAUCUCGAUGACGACGGUGCUAUCUACGUCUGAUCAGAACUACUACUCGGUAAAGCAAAUUUCGUUAAUCUCAUACCAGCUAUGUGCAUUCUUGUGACGC